CCCGGCGCCAUCAUCUACAAGGGAGGGCCCCAAACGAUAGACGAGCCCGACGCCAUCCGCUACGACAGAGUGAGCGCCACCAUGUGGGAGAGCAGCCAGAUCCCAUCGAGCAUCCGAAAGCCAUGGGACAUCUUCGAGGGGCACCCCGAGGAGGCGCUCAACGGCCUCAGCGACACAACGGACGAGGAGGAGCAGCACGCCUUCGAGGAGGUCUCGAUCGUCGAGCUCGCGGCCCACGUGCACUACAGGCGCCACUACACCCAGGGCCGUGGCGCGGACGGAGAGCAGCUGGCCGCCAAGGUCUAG